GGGCUGUAUAGGUUGGGAAAACCAUUCGACCAAUCAUAACCUUUCUCAUCGACAGCUUGUCCAAUCAGAGCGAAGUGGAAGUGUCGGGGGGUUGUGUGACCCUGUGUGUCCAUGUGAGAUGGAUCUUGAAUCUACAACUACAUAGAGAAGGGCACAUUAAUUGAAAAAAAUUCUAUUUUUCUGUCGGGAAAUAAUGAAGAGAAAGACAAAUGAAAUGACGGUUGAAUCAGAGAGAGGGAUGGAUGAAGAGGAGUCCUCUCAUGGCGAGGGGGAGGAGGAGGAGGAGGAAGGACGCAAGGGGACGAAGAGGAGCAUGAAGCAGGGUGUUUCUGAGGACGGGGUCUUGCGCCCCGUCAAGAUGACCCGAGGCGAACUUUACAAACCGCCGACUGCAGAGGAGCUGAACCAGCUGAAAGAGGCGGAGAACUUGUUCCACUGCAGCUUGCUGAAGAUGCAGAUGGAGGAGCUGCUGAAGGAAGUGGCCCUGAGCGAGCGCAGGAAGCGGCUGGUGGACUCCUUCGUGCUGAAGGUCACCGAGCUGCUCCACGGCGUGCCGGAAUCGGACGAGGUCGAGCUGAGCGACCAGUCCUGGCUCUCCGAGGACGUGAAGGUGCCCUUCCUCCUGGUGCCCAAGGCCACGAAGGGCAAGUUCCACAUGGCGCCCCCUGCCUCCGUCUCCCUGAUUGGCAGCUACCCGCUGGGCACCUGCACUAAGCCCCGGGUCUCUGUGGACCUGGCCGUCACCAUCCCUGCCGGUGUCCUGCACCCGAAGGAUGCCCUUAACCAGAGGUACCCGCGCAAGAGAGCCCUCUACCUGGCCGGCCUGGCACAGCACCUCUCCUCUUCCCCCGACGUCGGGACCAUGCGCUACUCCUGUCUCCACGGCAACCGCCUCCGCCCGCUGCUGCUGCUCACACCCCCCGGCAAAGACUCGGGCAGCCUGACUCUCAGAGUUCACGCCUGCCCCCCGCCGGGCUUCUUCAAGGCCAGCCGCUUCCACCCGCAGAGGAACAACGUCCGCGCCGACUGGUACACGGGCGUCGCCGCCCCGGAGACGGAUCUCAGUGACCCGCCCACACCCCAUUACAACAGCGCGCUGCUCGGGGACCUUCUACCCAGGGUGCACUUGCAGUUCCUGUCCGCUGUUAGCGCUCAGUGCGCUGCCUUCGCUGACGGUGUGGCCCUGCUCAAAGUGUGGCUGAGGCAGAGAGAGCUGGACCAGGGCGCCGGGUCCUUCAGUGGGUUUGUGGGCUCCAUGCUGGUGGCCUACCUUCUCACCACUCACAGAGUGAGCAACACCAUGACGGCCUAUCAGCUGCUCAGGAACUGCCUGCACUUCCUGGCCUCAACGGACCUGACUGAGAAUGGCAUCACCCUGGCGAAGAACCCCGACUCUACCGCGCCCUCCCUCUCUGAGUUCCACAGCGCCUUCCCGGUGGUCUUUGUGGACCCCUCUGGCCACCUGAACCUGUGCGCGGACGUGACGGCCAACACCUACAAACAGGUUCAGCACGAGGCCACGCUCUCCCUGCAGUUCUGGGACGACCCCACGCUGGACGGCUUCCAGGCUCUGCUGAUGACGCCCAAGCCCCUGAUUCGGACCUACGACCACCUGUUCCAGCUGUGCGGCCUGGUGAAGCUCCAGGCCUCCUGCAAGAAGCUCAACCUUCUCAAUGAACUCAUGGACCACAGCGGGAACUACGUUCUCACUGCGCUCCCUUUUAUUCUGUCCCUCCUGCAACGAGGACUUGGAGAAAGGGUCUUCCUUUUGACACACUCCCUGUCCCCUGAUCCUGAGUGGCCAGUGGACAGUGAACCCCCAAAACACAAGGACCAGCCUCCCCUGUCCUUCGGCCUCCUGCUGAACCCCGAGUUUGCUGCCUCAGUGCUGGAGAAGGGUCCCCCGGCGGACAGCCCGAAGGCUGUGGAGUUCCGGCAGCUGUGGGGUUCUCGGUCGGAGCUGCGGCGGUUCCAGGACGGGUCCAUCACCGAGGCGGUGCUGUGGGCCGGAGCCUCCGCCUAUCAGAGAAGACUGGUCCCCCGUGACAUCAUCACCCACCUGCUGCAGCUUCAUGCCGAUAUCCCAGAGUCCAGCGUGCGUUACACGGGAGGCCUGCUCGAUGAUGUCAUCAUCAGGGGACGGGAGGCCUGCAGCACGGGCGAGGAGGCCAGCCUCAAGGUGGUGCAGUCCUACGACGACCUGAGCCGCAAGCUGUGGCAGCUGGAGGGCCUGCCGCUGUCCAUCACCGCCGUGCAGGGCGCCCACCCCGCCCUCCGGUACACCCAGGUGUUCCCCCCGGAGCCGGUGAAGCUGGACUACUCCUUCUUCGGGCGGGAGAAGGUGUCGCGUGCGCUGGUCCCGUCCGAGGACAAGCCCUGUCCCGUGUACAUCACCCCCGUCAAAGUGAUCUGUCACAUGGAGGGCAGCGGGAAGUGGCCUCACGAGCGGCUGGCCAUCCGCCACAUCAGAGCCGCUUUCCACGUGCGCCUGGGGGAACUGCUGAGCAGACAGCACCGCUACACCUGCCACGCCCGCCCCGCGCACCUGGACGUGUGCAAGGAUGGGCUGGUGUUCCGUAUCCAGGUGGCCUAUCACCGCGAGCCCCAGGUCCUGAGGGAGACCGUCACCCCGGAGGGGAUGCUGUGUUACCGCGACAACCCGGAGGCCCAGGCGCUGGAGCUGGAGACGGUGCACAGGCCGUACCUCACCAGCACGCUGCACGGGCUCCAGCAGCAGCACCCCUCGUUCGGCGGCGCGUGCCGGCUGGCCAAGCGCUGGCUGGGCUCCCAGCUGCUCAGCGGGGACGUGAGCGACGACGUGGCCGACCUCCUGGUGGCCUCGCUGUUCCUGCAGGCCGCUCCCUUCACCCCUCCCGGCUCCCCUCAGGUGGGCCUCCUGCGAUUCCUCCACCUGCUCUCCACCUUCGACUGGAAGAACAGCCCCCUGGUGGUCAACCUGAACGGCCAGCUCACAGCCCCUGACUACGUCGAGAUUAAAAACGAUUUCAUCGCUUCAAGGGAAACCCUGCCGGUCAUGUUCAUCGCCACUCCCAAAGAUAAGAAGCUCUCCGUCUGGACCAAGGACGGUCCGUCCGUACAGAUGCUGCAGCGCCUCACUGUGGUGGCCGCUGAGAGCCUGCGGGUCCUGGAGGCGCAGCUGGUGGACCCCAGCCAGCCGCAGGACGUCCGGGUCGCUCUGCGGCCCCCCCUGGACGCGUACGACGUCCUGAUCCACCUCAACCCCAAGCAGGUGCCCCUGCUGUCCCAGGCAGUGGACCCGCCCCACGCCACCUUUCACCGGGGCGCCGCGCCCGGGGACGCCGCCAGCGGCGGGGGGGCCCUCCCCGUCGUCGACUACGACCCCGUCGGCCGCUACCUGGCCGAGCUCAAGGACUCUUUCGGGGAACUGGCGAUGUUUUUCUGCGAUCCGUACGGCGGGACGGUGAUUGCGGUCCUGUGGAAACCGCAGGCCUUCGCCCCGCUGCCGUUUAAGACCUCACAGAUGAGUGCCCGACGAGUGGAGGUGACUGGAGAGGAGGCGCGCACAGUCCCGAAUGUGGAGGCCAUCUUGGAGGACAUCCGCAUCUUGGGGGAGGGGCUUGUAAAAAAGGUGGAGCCGAGGACUGAGAGAUGGGUGGUGUGAGGAUGUAGCCCACUACCCACUGUCCCUCUGACCCAUGACCCCUCACCAUGUUCCAGAAGAAACUACUCUCUUUGUGCUUUGAUUUACUUUUUAUUUCUUCUUCGGCAAGGAGUUUGUCUUUUCAUUUUUUGUGUCAUGAUUUGUGAUUUAUCAUUUAGAUUAAUGUGGAAGGACCCAUUCUCUCCAAAACCAUCCCAUAUCGUGCAGUUGUGCAUCAGUGACGUUUGUAAAACAAAUAAAAUUACAAACCAUGGAAAAAAAA